AUGUCGAUGUCGAUGUUCAGCUCGUUCGACGCGCUUUGCGCCGAGUCAUUUUUCGGCCAGAAAAUCGGCCUUUUCAGUUUCCCGGCGACGUCCGGCCACGAUGACGGUAAAACACCGGAGUUGAAAAUCGGCCUUGUGAAGAAGGGCAAAGAAGUAAAUUCGCCACCGCCGCACCCGGAGAAGAAGAGGACGGAGGAUCGCCGGAGGGUUAGGGCGGCGAGGUUCGCGCCGGAGCUCGAUGGGGUCUACUGCUUCGAGACUAUUAUUCCUUAUUGA